AUGGACAACACGUGUGCAAAAGAACUCCGCGAGCAAGAGUUGGAGGAGCUAUAUCUCGAGCUGGACACGCCUCUGCCAAUUCCCAACAUCACCUCACCACCAGGGCCAGGCCAGUCACCUGCCCCCGAAUGUCCCGACCUCAAGAAAUACACAAAUCCGUUCCUAUGGCCCAAAUGGCGCAAGUCCAUCAUGACUUGGAUCUCGUGUGCGGUGACAGCGCUGGCCGGUUACUCGGCGGGUGAGAUUAGUCCGUCGGCAAGCGAGCUAACCAAGGAAUGGAAUAUCAGUCUGGUGGUGUAUAACCUGGGGAUCACCCUAUUCUGCGUUGGAUUUGCGCUGGCGCCGAUGGUCCUGGCUCCCUUUUCGGAGAUUAAUGGGAGGAGGCCGAUUUUUAUUGCCAGUGGGAUCAUCUUUGUCGCUUGUAUCAUUGCCUGUGGAGGCACUCAUUCCUUUGGCGGCAUGCUGGUCGCCCGGUUCUUCCAGGGCGUGGGUGGAUCUACCUUUUCGACCAUGGUGGGAGGUGUGAUCAGCGACAUCUACCACGCCGAAGACCGCAACACCCCCAUGGCGCUCUUCUCCGGCGCUGCCCUUUUCGGCACCGGACUGGCCCCCUUGCUCUCCAGCGUGAUUGUGCAGCACACGACAUGGCGCUGGGUGUGGUAUUCCCACGCCAUCGUCUCGGCCGUUUUCGUGGUCAUCAUCUACUUCUUCUUCCACGAGACCCGAGGGAGCGUGCUGCUCAGCCGAAAGGCCCAAGCGCUCAACGACUACUACGAGAAACUCGAGGCCGCCGGCCAUUACGGCGUGAUCGUGUCGGGGGAAGAGAAGGCGAUGCGGAUCCGAUGGAAGGUGAAGAGUGAUGAGCAGCGGGCGUCGCUGGCUCAGAUGAUCAGCAUCUCGUGCUACCGGCCAUUCCAUAUGCUCAUCACGGAGCCGACCGUCUUCUUCUUCUCGCUCUGGGUUUCCUUCAGCUGGGCUGUGCUGUACCUCCAGUUCGGAUCUGUUCCGCUGGUCUUCAAGACCAACCACGGCUUCAACAUUGAGCAAUCCGGCGCCGUCUUCACCGCGAUGUGUGUGGGAGUCAUCAUCAUCACGGUCGUCAGCAUCUACCAGGAGAAUAUCGCGCGCCGCUUCAUCACGCUCCCCAAAACCGCCGAGCGGCGUCUCUACUUCGUCUGCAUCCAGUCCAUUCUCAUGCCCGUCGGUCUGUUCUGGUUCGGAUGGACCUCGGCUCCCUCCAUUCCGUGGAUCGUGCCGGCCAUGGCUGUUGGCUGUGCCACGAUGGGCAUCUUCUCGGUGUAUCUGGCUGUCUUCAACUAUCUGGCUGAUACGUACCACCGCUAUGCUAGUUCAGCCAUCGCCGCGCAAUCAUGCUGCCGGAAUCUGCUCGGUGGUGUCUUUCCGUUGGUGACGAAUGCCAUGUUUACGAACCUGGGCUAUCCGGGAGCGUCCAGUUUACUCGGAGGGAUUGUAAGGAGCACUGCUUUGUCUCGUACCAUGGAUUCUCUUGCUGUUUGGACCGAAGAUCCGGGCCAGAAGCAAAUUCGCAAGCGAACUCGCACACUAGCCGCAGCGAUGCAAUAG